AUGGACUCGGGUGCGCAAAAGAAGCGCGACAGUAGGCGCAAUUCACGGUUUGGCUGUCGAAACUGCAAACUAAGAAAAUUGAAGUGUGACGAGGCGAGGCCACGUUGCCUGAGAUGUCAGACUUACGGGGUCUUAUGCAAUUUCGGCUUUAAUGUGCCCGAUCUCGAGCCGCUCUUUGGGAGAGGCUCAAAGCAAAGGAUUGUAAGACAAUCGGGAUUGUCAACGCCGCGGCCUAUGCCCACCAUCAGCAACGCCAUAUGGGCCGGGAAUGGACCAACAGUUUGCAUGCUAGAUCCAGAAGACGGAGAGCUUUUCAACCGGUUCCGGUACCGAACCCUCUACGCUCUCGGAGGCUCUACAAUGGUGGAUAUUUGGGGAAAUCAUAUGUUGGACGCCUGUUUUACCUGUCCAUUUUUGAUACAUGGUACAUUGGCGGUGACAGCUGUCCAUGACCGCUAUCUUGGCCUGACGCCAACCCGUCGUCGUUCUUUGCGGGAAACAUACCACUGGGCUCAAUGCACCACACUGUUUAAGAAGUGGUUAAACCAACCUAUCAAGGAAGAAGACAAGGAUCCUCUCUGGGCUGCGGCUGGCACUCUUGGUGUUUUGGCCUUCUCAUCCAUCAAUGCUGUUUCUCCAGAGGAAGCAUGGCCACUUGGACCACCCGACCCCUCCGAUCUCGAGUGGCUACGGCUAGGAGCAGGCAAGUUAGCCCUGCGGCAUCUGGUGAAUCCUUUGCGGCCAGAAAGUGUGUUCCGCGUUAUGACUGAGAAAUUCGCACAUAUGCAUCGGCCCGUACCCGUGAAAGGCAUCGAUGGCAUAUCAGUCGAAUUGGUGCAGCUGUGCCAGCUUGACGAUUCAUCGACGCGAGAGAACAAUCCUUACUUCACAGUUGUACAUGGUCUCUCGGGCCAUUUUGAUGUGCCAGAGGCCGAGGCAUUCCUAGGCGGAGUCAUGCAUCACGAGUUUGGAACCCGCCUGGAGCAGAAAGAUCCAGUAGCGCUUCUGUUACUAUGCCUGUGGUAUACCAGGGCGCGUAAAAUCAAAUGGUGGAUUGACCUUCGCGCUAAAUACGAACUUCCAGCGAUUUGCACCUACUUGCGGCGACAUUUCAAGGACAACAGCACAAUCCAAGGACUUCUACCUGAGCACAAGUCAUAG